CAUUUAUCGAACUGAGUCACAUCAACCUAUACGCUCUCUCGCCCUCUUCAUCCCACCUAUCUCUACCCUUCAUUCCACCUCCGACAAUGAAUCGUAGAAACAAUAUACUGAUGGUGUGUUAUGGAUCGACUGGUCGAUGACAUUCCUCACCAAUGGUGAUUUUAUUAAAUAGUAGCUACCUAGGGUUUUCGAAGGGUUGAAAUCGAUUUUGUUUUUUGAAUUUUUUGAUACAACUGUGUUUCCGAUUUGUCGAUCAUACAUGUAAGCGAAGAUGAAGUAAAAGAAAAUCGAAUGGCUGUGAUGGUGGAAUUUGUUCCAGAGCACGUAUUAAACAAGUUGCUCCAUUGUCCAUAAUGUCUGGCCCUGAAUGCUGCAAGAACCCACCUACACUCUCCUCGGGCUGUGAAUCUAGUGAUGUCCUGCAAAUCUCGUCUCUUAAUUCUUACGUUAACGGAAACACUGAUUCGAAGAUCGCCGUUGUUCUGAUUUCCGAUGUUUAUGAUAUAAUUGAUGAAAUUGCCAAAGAGGAUGAAGAAAAAAGCAAGAGACAUGAAAGGCGUGCUGUUGCCAAAAAAGAAAGACUAAAAUCAUGUCCCUCAAAUCUAGGGAGACACAAGCAUGUUGCACCCUUGCGAGAGACAGAUACAAGAGCCUUGAGAAAAGAGGAAUAAUUGUGCCUAGUGCUAAGAGUGGCAUGAAAUGAUUAACAACAUAGGAUGAGACGGAUAUGCAACAAGAUAGAGCUUUUAUGCAACAUUUAUGGUGUUCCAUAUGGAGCUUGUAUUCAGCUUAAGUGGGAUUAAAACAAAAGCCUGGAAUGAGUCCACCUCAUGGUGCAGACCAGAUGAUCCAAACUAACAGAUUGUUGUGGAGGAUAUAUUUGAUGAAUAUGGUGGACGAAUUAUGCUUGUUGACAUGGUUAGAUCAGAACAUAUAGAACAAGCUGGUCAAACUAGAUUCAAAGCCAAAAUGCAGGU